UUUCCAAACAAUCGCUUCGCAGUUGUGUCUGGCUUCUGUUUUUAAUGAAAGUUAUUAAAUCAAGUUAAAAAUUAACCAUGGCUUCUCAAGUCACUGCAAGACAUUUUCAUCCUUAUUCAUACUUAAAUCCAGUUGAUUCACUUCACAAGAUGCAUUUAAACCAACACAAAGAUCUGUUGAAGAGAAUGUAUAUGCCUUUUGUACGUGGACCUGAAGACAGGCAUUUUUUUCCCAGUUUCCAAGAAAAACAUAGUAAUGCUUUUCUAAAAUUAAAUCCUUUCCUUCCUCCUGAAGAUGAAAGCUACCUUUUAGCACCACAUCGGGAUGAUGUGCCAAUAAUCAACACUUCUACAGGAUUUGUGAGCCCAGGUGGUAAAGUUGAUCGACAAAUCUUAGAUAACAAAGCCUAUGAACCCCUGCGAGAUGGCAAAGAUACACAUUCUUCACAGCAGGCAUCUGUAUUUUGCAGAAGAAGCCAACCUGGUGAUAGAAGCGCUUUACUGCUGAAAGAAAUAAAUCAGAACCAACAGUGGAAUUCUAGAGCAGUACCUGACAUUUCUGUGAGAUCAAGACUUGGAGGAUGGACAAGUCCAGUAAAAGUCAUACCAAAUCCACCUAAAGCCAAAGAAAAUUUUAUACCUCAUACAUUUGUAUUUCAUGUGGACACAGAUGUUCAGUCAACUGAUACUUCUUCUGAACCCAGAGAUAAGAGAGCUUUGAAGUAUAUGUAUACAUCCACAGUCCAGAGAGGAUAUGAAGAAGUUCCCUGGGAUAAUAUGCUAUCUCCCAAAGUCAUGCCUGCACAUUCAAGAUUAAAACCCAUGGAGGAUAUUGCUACAAGCAAGCGAUAUGAACCAGCAGAAGAAAUAAGCCAAGUUGUUGGAGGUCUCUGGGACAGAUUUCAAAAGAGAAUGUUUACAGUUCCAUACAGGCCAAUAAAUUUUGUUAGCCCAAGUUCUCGAACUCAGCAUAUCCCUUCAUACACAGGCUAUAUUGGUUCAGAGAAUUUUGAGGAUCUAGACAACCCCUUUGUUGACUUAAUUACCUACAACCGAGUUCGUACUGCAAUGCCACAUUAUGUAAAAUCUUCAAGCUCUCCAAACACCCUUGGAUACACUGGCAAGGUUCAUUGGUCAGCCACCCAACCAGUAAAUUCUAAUCUUCCACCAACAUUGCCAUCAAUAAUUUCACGAAUGUAUGGAUACUUAGCUGAACAUGAACAGCCAAAAGAAUUUCCCCAUUGGGGACCCUUAUCACAGGUCGUUACAACCACUGAACCACAGAAUUCUUUCAAUAAGAAGGAAAAAGUGCAACUUAAAAUUUGCAAAAACAUUAGUCCCAGGAAAUAA